AAACCAACGGACCAGUUUCUGGUGCAAGUUAGCUCAGUUCAACAAUUAACACAUUAGAGUCUGAACCAAAAAAAAAAAAAAAAAAAUGUUAGUGAGGAAUAGAAUCCUGAGUGUCCAAUUCGCUUCUCUCAUAAACCCUUCUUCUUUACUACCAUUUCCUAAACCCACACUCUCUUUCCCAACCCGAUAUCUCUCCCACUGGACCCUCCGCAACCCGACCCACCGCCAUGUCUCAGCUUCAGCCUCUAAGACUACACAGACCCGACAAAUCUCCGACGCCGCCCGGUUCGUCCGGACCGUCCUGUUCGUUCCGCCCGGGGUCGACCCGGACGAGGUGACAGAGGACAUGGUCCUGCCCGGCUCCAACAUCGUUAUCGGACCCUACGCGGGUGAGUCUCGGAUCAAGGAGGUGGAGUUCGUGAAGAGCAGUGGGAAAGCCAAGGAGUGUCCCAAAGAUCACCGGCCCGAGUUUGCGAUUCUGGGUCGGUCUAAUGUUGGCAAGUCUUCGCUUAUCAAUGCUCUGGUUCGCAAGAAGGAAGUUGCUCUUACAUCUAAGAAGCCAGGAAAGACUCAGCUUAUUAAUCAUUUCUUGGUGAAUAAGAGCUGGUAUAUUGUCGAUUUGCCUGGUUAUGGAUUUGCUAAAGCCCCAGAUGCUGCUAGAAUGGAUUGGUCCUCAUUCACCAAAGGCUACUUUUUGAACAGAGAUACUCUUGUUGCUGUCCUACUUCUUGUUGAUGCAAGUGUUCCACCUCAGAAGAUUGACCUAGACUGUGCUAAUUGGCUUGGACGCAACAAUAUACCAAUUACCCUUGUUUUUACAAAAUGUGACAAAAUGAAGGCAAGCAAAGGAAAAAGGCCUGAUGAGAACAUCAGGGAUUUUCAACAAGUGAUCAGACAAAACUACAAGGUACAUCCCCCAUGGAUCAUGACUAGCAGUGUUACUGGUCUGGGCAGAGAUGACCUUCUCCUACAUAUGUCACAGCUAAGGAACUACUGGGAUCAAUAGGAGGAAAUUUCAAAGACCACAAGAUGUAAUCCACCUGAAGAGAAGGUAGGAUUUUUCAAUUGAAAGAAGCUAAAAAAGGAUGCAUAUUUAUCAUGACAAUGAAGAGCGCAAAAACCUAAGGACUUGAAUUUAGUUGCCUACAGUUGUUUUUACCAGCUUCAUGUCCUGAAGGAAUUUGGCUGUGUGUUGGGAUAUAACAUUCUCCAUAUGUAUAGAAAUGAAUGAUAUUUGUGCUUUCUUGCCCCAUUAUGUUCUUUUUUAUGUUGGAAUAUUGGAGAGUUACUUUGGGAUAUUUUAGAGGUGGGGUGCAUGUGGGUGUUAUAGCUCCUUCAUGUCUAAUGUGGUGCGUUCGGAAAGAGUGCGUUCGGAAAGAGAGGAAUUGGUGGAGUUAUCUUUGACGCACCUUAAGUUCCUUUUCCUGAAAUCUCAUACGACUGGAGCUCUAAAUCUUAUACUUUCUCCGCUUUUUCUUUCAUGGACUUCUGGAAUGGUUUGCUAAAUCAUUGUUAAUUUCUCAGCCUUUGUAAUCUUAGUUCAUUCUUCUUC